AGAACAAUCAUUAGCGCUUGUUAACAAUGAGAUCAAAAAUGUUCGAUAAAGUUAGGCCUUGAUUAUUAAUGUUCAAGGCUAGAGAAAAUUUCAUGUUUCGGAUUGCGAGAAAAAAAUUAGCGCGAUAAGCUACAAUCCUGUUCUUUUCCAAUCUUAGUCUCAAAGUGGGAUGAAAGAAAGUGUUUAUUUCUUGAAAACACGAGCGAUAAGGAUUUCAGGAUUUACAUCACGAAGAAGGUUUAAAAUUAAUCAGUGUUAAUCGUGAGGUGGUCGGAAGCGGUUGCUUUACAAGGCAGGAUGAAAAUUUGGUCUCUCACCGUUUUGGCACUGUUUUGUGCCGGUACAUCAGAGGCUUAUCUCUGCAUGUGUUCACCAAACAGCUGCGUAUUAAUUCAUCCAAACACGGAUUUUUUCAAGCAAGCAGAGAGUUUCUGCUCAACGUUCCGAACGGCAGCCCACGACAUUUCGAUAAUCAAGCUACUGGAUUCUGAGCUUGCUCCCGAAGCAUUCAUAAAAUUCCCGAACAUGACUUCACUUGAAAUUUUCCAAGGUCAUCUUGCCAAAUUUACCUCCGACACAUUUCACGGGGCUGGAAAGCUAACGAAGUUAGUGAUAAGAGGAAACGCUUUGUCUGCUCUAGAAGAGUACAGCUUCAAGGGAGCCGACAGUAUGAAAGAUCUGAUGAUUUCCGCUAAUCCAUUGCAAACAAUUUCUGUAAACGCAUUUGCUAAUCUGCAACAGUUGGAAAUUCUGAUUUUGGCUCAUGGAGAAAUUGCUGCCCUGCCAGCGAACCUAUUUAGAAAUAAUCGUGCGUUGAAGGUGAUAUCGUUAAACAGCAAUCGAAUCAAAUCUAUUGAUGCCGAAAUUUUCGAUGGUCUAGAUGAGUUAGCUAAGCUAGAUUUAGCAGAGAACCAGUUGACAGCGUUCGAUUUCAAAUUCUUGAAAGCGGCGGUAGUAGUAUUAAACAACAAUAGCUUGGAACAUUUGGCUGUCAAUGAGCACUGCAACUCGGUGUACGCGAACAAUAAUCAUAUUCGAACAAUAACAGUUAAUGGUAACAACAUCGCUAAGCUAUCGUUGAUAAACAAUCGCAUCCGUGAUAUCAGCAAUAUCACCAAGUUGACUAACCUAACCAGUUUGUCGUUGGGAAGUAAUGAGCUUGCCCCUGACACCGUUUUUAGUGCUUUCGCCGCUGUAGAAGAACUCAUGCUCCAAUCCACCUAUAUUAAUUUGACCCCGGAUACCUUUGCAAAUCUGAUUAAUCUAAAAAUCUUGGAUUUAUCCUACAACAAUCUUACCAUGGUGGACUUCAAAAUUUUUGGCUCACAGAACUCCCUACAAGUUUUAAGCUACGUUGGUAAUCAAAUAAAACAUUUCAACUACCUCGAAGCCCGCGAGUACCUUCCACGAUUGCGUGUUUUGGAGAUUUGCAAGAACGGCUGGAAUAAUACCUAUUUUGAAAACAACGUCUCGAGGAUGAAAAAGUUCCAGAUAAGCCCUGAUAUGCACGGCUUUGCGUCCCACUUUUUGUUCCGCGAUGAGUUCAUCAAUAUGUGUUCAGAGAAACUGUUUGUUGACUACAGCUACGAGGAUUUCGCACCGAUCGACAGCGACAUCGAGGACGAAAUCAACCUAUCGUACACAACUACAUCCACGGUGGCAACAACUACGACAGUGAUGUCAACAUCACCGGUCAUACCAUCGACCGUCGAUGUUUCGUCCACGGAGAAAACCAGAGAAGAUAACGAGAAUCAGUCGUCGCAACAGCAUCACCAUAUCAUCGAACACAAUUCGAACGCAUCAGUUCCGGUUAAGGAAAUCGUCCUUCUCGCACCAGAAAAAUCUGCUUCCCCAUUCUAUGUCACGUUUCUGGUGUUGGUUUAUAUUCUCUCGGCAGUUGGAUUGAUUUCACUCGUUGCAUUGGCAUAUCUAUGGAGAAAACGGCAGCUCAAUGUGCGACAUCUGACAGAAUUCAGUACCGAAGCAUCCUCCGAUGCUGUACGUUUGAUGUAACGCAAUUAAGUGAUAAAGUACUGAUAAUCAUUAGGUCGAAAGUGAGUCACGAUUCUCAGAAUCGUUCAUGUUUAUGAUGUUGCCGAAACCCGAUUCUUCUUUUUUAGAAAUGGAAAAACCAAGCUUGCAGUGAUAACGAAAAGUAAACACCGUUUUGAAUUAUCUGUAAACAAGAGUCGCAAAUCAUUGGAAUAAAACUUUCUAGUCUGACUAGUAAAAAUCAAA